AUGUUGUCCACUGGGCAUGUACUGACCAAUGUGGCAGGUCUGAGAACAUAGCUGAAGCUGAAAAUAGGAAAGCUGGGGGCAAGGAAGAGCCUUGAAUCUUGAGGUGGGACGUUGACUCUAAGAUGUCCUUGAGCAGUGGAGCCUCCGGAGGGAAAGGAGUGGAUGCAAACCCGGUUGAGACAUACGACAGUGGGGAUGAAUGGGACAUUGGAGUAGGGAAUCUCAUCAUUGACCUGGACGCCGAUCUGGAAAAGGACCAGCAGAAACUGGAAAUGUCAGGCUCAAAGGAGGUGGGGAUACCGGCUCCCAAUGCUGUGGCCACACUACCAGACAACAUCAAGUUUGUGACCCCAGUGCCAGGUCCUCAAGGGAAGGAAGGCAAAUCAAAAUCCAAAAGGAAUAAGAGUGGCAAAGACACUAGCAAACCCACUCCAGGGACUUCCUUGUUCACUCCAAGUGAGGGGGCAGCUAGCAAGAAAGAGGUGCAGGGGCGCUCAGGAGAUGGUGCCAAUGCAGGAGGCCUGGUUGCUGCUAUUGCUCCCAAGGGCUCGGAGAAGGCGGCUAAGGCGUCACGCAGUAUAGCCGGCUCCAAAAAGGAGAAGGAGAACAGUUCGACUAAGAGCAAGAAGGAGAGAAGCGAAGGAGUGGGGACUUGUUCAGAAAAGGAUCCUGGGGUCCUCCAGCCAGUGGCCUUGGGAGGACGGGGUGGUCAGUAUGAUGGAAGUGUGGGGGUGGAUACAGGCGCUGUGGAGCCACUUGGGAGUAUAGCUAUUGAGCCUGGGGCAGCGCUCAAUCCUUUGGGAGCUAAGCCGGAGCCAGAGGAAGGGGAGAAUGAGUGUCGCCCGCUAAAGAAAGUCAAGUCUGAAAAGAUGGAGUCCCCUGUCUCCACGCCAGCAGUGCUGCCACUGCACCUUUUGGUACCAGUAGUCAGUAAUGACAUCUCAUCUCCCUGUGAGCAGAUCAUGGUUCGCACCCGAUCUGUUGGGGUCAACACAUGUGAUGUGGCUCUCGCCACAGAGCCUGAGUGCUUGGGCCCCUGUGAACCUGGAACCAGCGUCAACCUUGAAGGCAUCGUGUGGCAGGAAACAGAGGAUGGGAUGCUGGUGGUAAAUGUGACAUGGAGGAACAAGACCUACGUAGGCACAUUGCUCGAUUGCACACGGCACGACUGGGCACCCCCGCGGUUCUGUGACUCCCCCACCAGUGACUUGGAAAUGCGCAAUGGUCGAGGUAGAGGCAAACGCAUGCGUCCCAAUAGUAACACACCUGUCAGUGAAACAGCCACAGCCUCUGACAGCAAAGGGACCAGCAGCAGCAGCAAAACUCGAGCAGGAGCCAGUAGCAAAGGCCGUCGGGGCAGCCAGAAUUCUUCAGAGCAUCGCCCACCUGCCAGUGGCUCCUCUGAGGAUGUCAAGGCUAGCCCUUCCUCUGCCAGUAAGCGGAAAAACAAGCCCCUGUCAGACAUGGAAUUGAACUCUAGCUCAGAGGACUCCAAGGGGAGCAAGCGAGUCCGGACAAACUCCAUGGGCUCAGCCACUGGCCCACUGCCUGGGACCAAGGUGGAACCCACCGUCCUGGACAGAAACUGCCCUUCCCCAGUCCUGAUUGACUGUCCCCACCCAAACUGCAACAAGAAAUACAAGCACAUCAAUGGACUCAAGUACCACCAAGCCCAUGCCCACACAGACGAGGACAGCAAGCCGGAAGCAGAUGGGGAUAGCGAGUAUGGGGAGGAUCCAGCCCUCCACGCAGACCUCACGAGCUGCAAUGGUGCAUCUGUCUCCCAGAAAGGCUCCAUGUCCCCUGCCCGCUCAGCUACCCCCAAAGUUCGGCUUGUAGAGCCCCAUAGCCCUUCUCCUUCAAGCAAAUUCAGCACAAAAAGCCUCUGUAAGAAAAAGCUGAGUGGGGAAGGGGACACAGACCUCGGGGCUUUAUCCAAUGAUGGCUCCGAGGAUGGACCCUCAGUAAUGGAUGAAACAAGCAGUGACGCCUUUGACUCUUUGGAAAGAAAGUGUAUGGAAAAAGAGAAAUGUAAGAAGCCUUCUAGUUUGAAACCUGAAAAGAUUCCUUCCAAGAGCUUGAAGUCAGCCCGGCCCAUUGCACCCGCCAUUCCCCCACAGCAGAUCUACACCUUCCAGACCGCCACGUUUACGGCAGCAAGUCCAGGCUCAUCCUCGGGCCUCACCACUACAGUCGUGCAGGCCAUGCCCAACAGCCCACAGCUCAAGCCCAUCCAGCCCAAGCCCACCGUGAUGGGGGAGCCCUUCACAGUCAAUCCCGCCCUGACACCAGCCAAGGACAAGAAGAAGAAAGACAAAAAAAAGAAGGAGUCAUCCAAGGAACUGGAAAGUCCUCUAACUCCUGGGAAGGUCUGUCGAGCAGAAGAAGGAAAAAGUCCCUUCAGGGAGUCAUCAGGAGAUGGGGGGAAGAUAGAGGGGCUCCUGAAUGGCUCCUCUGACCCCCACCAAAGCCGUCUGGCCAGCAUCAAGGCUGAAGCUGACAAGAUCUACAGUUUCACAGACAAUGCCCCUAGCCCUUCCAUUGGAGGUGGAAGCCGCCUGGACAGCACACCUCCAACCCAGCCCCUGACGCCCUUACAUGUGGUAACCCAGAACGGAGCAGAGGCGAGCUCAGUGAAGACCAAUAGCCCUGCCUACUCAGACAUCUCCGAUGCAGGGGAGGAUGGGGAGGGCAAGGUAGACAGCCUCAAGGCAAAGGACCCCGAGCAGCUGGUGAAGGAAGGGGCUAAGAAAACGCUCUUUCCUCCUCAGCCACAGAGCAAAGACUCCCCAUACUACCAAGGCUUUGAGAGCUACUAUUCUCCAAGCUACGCCCAGUCCAGCCCUGGGGCCCUGAACCCUGGCAGCCAGGUGGGCAUGGAGAGCCAGGCCUUGAAGUCAAAAAAGGAAGAGGAACCAGAAAGCCUGGAGGGCAAAGGGAAGAAUGACGUCUGUGAGGAGAAGAAGCCUGAAAUGGGUGGUGCCAGCCAGCAGCCCUCAGUGAUCCAGCAGCGGCCCAACAUGUACAUGCAGUCGCUGUACUACAACCAGUAUGCCUACGUGCCACCCUAUGGCUAUGGCGACCAGAGCUACCACGCACACCUGCUGAGCACCAAUGCAGCCUACCGGCAGCAGUAUGAAGAGCAGCAGAAACGCCAGGGCCUGGAGCCACCUCGGGGCCCUGACAAGAAGGUUGAGCUGGGCCUCAAGGACCGUGAGGCUGCGCUCAAGGAGGAGUGGAAGCAGAAGCCAUCCAUCCCACCAACCCUCACCAAGGCCCCCAGCCUCACAGACCUAGUAAAGUCGGGGCCUGGCAAGGCCAAGGAGCCAGGGACUGACCCAGCCAAGUCAGUCAUCAUUCCCAAAUUGGAUGAUGCCUCCAAACUCCCCAGCCACACCCCAGAGGCCCUGAAGGUGAAGCUGAGUGAGGCCACACACCUAGGCAAGGAGGCCUCAGAGAGCAAGACAGGCAGUGAAUGUGGCCGCCAGGCAGAGGUGGAUCCGAUUCUCUGGUACCGACAGGAGGCAGAGCCCCGUAUGUGGACGUACGUGUAUCCUGCUAAGUACUCAGACAUCAAGUCAGAGGAUGAGCGGUGGAAAGAGGAGCGGGACCGCAAAUUGAAGGAGGAAAGGAGUCGGAGUAAGGACUCUGUCCCCAAGGAGGAUGGAAAGGAAAGCACAAGUAGUGACUGCAAGCUGCCCACGUCUGAGGAGUCUCGCCUUGGGAGCAAGGAGCCCCGACCAAGUGUCCAUGUGCCUGUGUCCUCCCCGCUCACCCAGCACCAGUCCUACAUCCCCUACAUGCACGGCUACUCCUACAGCCAGUCUUAUGACCCCAACCACCCCAGCUACCGGGGCAUGCCUGCUGUGAUGAUGCAGAACUACCCAGGUUCCUACUUGCCUUCGAGCUACUCCUUCUCCCCAUAUGGCAGCAAGGUCUCCGGAGGUGAAGAUGCCGAGAAGGCACGAGCCAGCCCCAGUGUCGGUUGUAAAUCCAGCUCAGAGUCCAAAGCCCUGGACAUCUUGCAGCAGCAUGCCAGCCACUACAAGAGCAAGUCACCCACGAUUAGCGAUAAAACUUCUCAGGAGCGAGAUCGGGGAGGCUGUGGGGUGGUUGGAGGUAGCGGCAGCUGCAGCAGUGUCAGUGGAACAGGCGGAGCUGAGCGGAGUGUUGACCGGCCACGCACCUCACCUUCCCAGCGCCUGAUGUCCACACACCACCACCACCACCACUUGGGGUACUCACUGCUUCCCACACAGUACAACCUACCCUAUGCAGCAGGGCUUUCUUCUACAGCCAUUGUUGCCAGCCAGCAAGGCUCCACGCCUUCACUCUACCCACCACCCAGGAGGUGAGAAUGAGCGCGUGCCCGGAGAAAGCGAGCUUCACGGGCCGGACUGCCUCACCCAAGGAGGUGCUGGAGGCGCCACUCAGACAUCACUUAAAUGGUGUUGGUCAUCCUGUUUGCCGUUCCAACCAUGACUGAAGGCAGACCCUUGCCUGUCGCCUCCUCCAGACCCCGGACUCCCUGACCCUCCCUCUUCCUCAGGAGCUGGAGAGCUGGUACUUAGCAAAAAUAUUUAUUCUCAGCCACAACUGUGACUGCUGUGGCCUCACCGGAGACGAAGGCAUGGGGAGCAACCAGGGGAACAUGGCCUCAGCCCAGAGAAGUCACUGCUCUGUUCCCUGGGUCUCUGUUCUGCUCCUGGUGCAGUACCACCCAACCCCUGCAGGGAGGGAGCCCAAGCACUGGGUAUGGUCUGAAGACAGCACAGCAGCCACCCCCUCUCACUGCCAUUCCCACUGUCACCAGAUCCCACACCUCCCCAGCGAUUUGGGCCCUGGGAACUGGCAGCAUGUGGAAGAAUUAGAAUCUCAGGAAAGAAAUUGGGGGCUGUUUUCUCUGUAGUUGUGAAAACAAGGUCUUCAAACACAGAGACUUCCCCCUUCACUCGUGAGCACAGAUAAAUGCUCAGAGCCCAGCCUGGAGAGGGAGGUCAAGGCAUUCGCCCGCAGGGCCUUGAGCUACCCGGCAGGCAGAGGUAGGGGUUCCGACACCAGCACAGGGCUCCCCAGCCCCUGGGGGGAGAGCUGGAGUGUGAACGGAGUCUGUGAAAUUGAAACUGCGUCCCCACGAAGUCCUGCUGCUUAUCUCCCCACUCUUUGCCCUUUUCUCUUCCGUCCUCCCCCUUGGUGCUUUUCCUAGGGGAUUUCACCUCUUUUUUCCAUUGCUUGGCUCUUAAGAUUCAGGCAGAUAAAACAGUAUUCCCUCUCCCCGACCCCCAGGAGCUUGCCAGGUCACUGGAGGGCAAAGCCCAGCAGGCAACCCCAGAGUACCCAGCACCCAGUUCUGGGAGAUGUCCUGUGUGUGUCCCAUCCGAGUACCUUCCUCAGCUAGGGCCACAGAAGUACACAGCCCCAUUCUGGCUGCAGAUACGUGGUUUUAUAUAGCUCAGUCUGUGCCCGCUGUGGGUGCCAGUACAAGUUGCGUCUCUGUAACACACUGUUUCUGUAGGGGCCACUGGUCCUGGGAGGCUGUGUUCCUCGGACCACGAGAUCACACACCUCAGCAUUAUUCCUGGGAGCCAGAGCGGCCUGGGCUGGGCUUGGAGGCUGCAGACAUUUCUCUGCCCUAGAAAACAGUCUCUCUGGCCCAGAGCUUUACGCUUGUGCACUGAGAAAGUGAUGACUUGGUAGCUUUAUUUGGUAGCUCCCCAAAGAGUGGGGAGCUUUCGCUUCUUGCUUUUGUGAGGUGUCAUCCUUUUGUUCUCCCUCCUGUCUUUUCUUAGCCCUCCAGAUUAGAAGACCAACAGACACCAGCCUAGGCUAAAGAAGGGUGCUUUGUAACCAGAGUGCCAAAAGAGACAUUUGAAGAGCAGGAAGGUGGUUCUCACUUAAUCUAAGAAUGCAGAGCUGGGGCCAGUAAGCACAAUUCCCGGUGAGGGUAGUUUACAAGAACCAGAGCUCCUCUGUGACCCACAGACCCUUCUUCUAGGUUUCCGUGUCUUUUUUUUUGUUUAAAGUUGGGUGUUGAGCUUCCCACAAAGCUCAUUGUUUUAGACCUAUUUUCAGGGUCCCAAACAACCUCCCUCAGCCCUCAUUCCUCUGCUGCUCCCAGUGGGCAGAGCCCUCAACAGUCCCCUCCCUUCCAUCUGUGGAAGUUGCUGGUGUGGACACCUUCACCCACCUGACCUGGGCCACCCUUCCAAGAGGGUGACCAAAUUUCAGCCUGACUUUGGCCCCCAGACUCCUGUGGGUGGAGCCACUCACCCAUCUCUAUUUCUGUUUGAUUUUAACUAUUGUUGUGUGUUUUGUAUCUGUGGCGCUGGCCUGCAGUGUGCUCUGUACAUAGUGUAAAGAAACUGCUGGAGCAAUUUCCUUACUCUCCUGGCAGGCAUGAGUCCACGUUCCUGCCCCUUCCACUUGUUCUGUAACAGAGAGGAGGGACUUCCGUAUUUGUGGGCAGCUGAGUUCUACACAAGGGAACAGCAGAGUUUUACAUUUUUCCCUUAAAAAAACAUACCCAGGUCUCCCCUGGAGCAAGGGAAAGCCACAGGGGAGAUGGCAGUCUGCCUGCUCUGCUCCUCUCUGGGUUGAGCCCCCACUGUGGAGUUCUAGGUGGCAGCUGUGGCAUUCUUUGCCACAUCUUGCCACAUGCUGAGUGAGAGGUUUGUUGUCCACUUCCAGCCUCUCUAUGAAAGGAACAGCGGUCAUGUGAUGCCCAUGUGAGCCUGUGACACCCAUGACAGGCUCAGAGGGAGAGGACACAGCAAGGAUCCUCACCCCACAUGCAAAGUCUGGGCAGGGUUGUUGCCAGGGACAUGGGCCACCAGACUGAGCCCCUCCCUGAGGUACCCUUACCUCACCCUCACAGGAAGGAUCAUCAGGCUUAGAGAGCUGCUCUUUAGGGUCCACACCUGCUUCUUCCUGGUUAAGGUGUGGCAGUUCCCGUGACCCCUUGCCCUGCCCAGUACAUGUAUGUGUACAGGUCUGAAGUUUCCUGCUCUUAUCCCACUCGCUCCAUACAUCUCAAGGUCAAAGGACCAAACACACACAAGGCUAAGAGGGCAUCCUGCAAAAUGACGUGGUCCUUUCUUGAAUCUCCUCUCCAGGCUCCAGGGUGGGGGUGGGACUUAGCUUCAGGAGUUGGGGGCGAAGACUGCAGAAGGGCUAGAGAAUUGGGUACAGGCUUUGUAGCCCCCUCACAUCACUUGCUACCCCCUCAUCCCAUCACCAUCCAGUGUCUACUCUGAUGCCCUCAAGGUUCAACUGGGCAGCUAGCUGGCCCCAUAAUUCUGGGCCUCUGUCAUUUAUUUUAUUGCUAGGGGGUCCCAGGAAGCUUUCCAGUGACUCCCACUGUAGCCCCUCCUGGGACCAAGCCCCUCCCGGCCCUGUCCCCGCCCCUCCUGCCCCAGCCCGCCCGCUUGCCUUGGUGCUCAGCCCUCCCCUUGGGAGCAGGUUGGGGCAAGCUGGAGGCCCGGGUUGGAGGGGCAUGUUGCUGUUCAUAGCUUUUGUUCCAUUGGCGUUGGUCUGUUGGGUUUAAUUUCAGUCUUCCUGAUUCUUCCCUUCUGUAAAGUGUACAUUACCAAGUUCCUUGUUUUUUUAUAUAUAUAUAUAAAUAUAUAUAUAUACAAACUGUACUCUUUUUGCCUUUGUACAUUCAGGCAAGAAGAGAAAAUAAAUCUUUUUAAGAGACAAUCACAAAUCUGUGAGGGCUGCUGAUUAUUUCUCCUGAAGUUUGCUGCUGAGCUGCUUCCUCCCUUCUCACUUUUCUCUCCUCCCUCAACCUUGCCGUCUUCCUGGUGUCAUGCUCCACACAGACCCUCAACUUCACCCUCCCUGGCUGAUGGCCAGCUGUCAGAUCGUGUCCAGGCUGCCUGCCCUGUUGCCCUUUCCCACCCAGUGCUGUGUUCUGACUUGGCCACUGGCUUCACCUGGGAGCUUUGUCCUGGGCCUUGGCCUUCUCUUCACCCUUAGCCCACUCACCAAAGUGGCUUUGGACACUUGCUGUCCAACUAUGCAGCUGGGAGCUCUCUGCCUGAGAGUUUGCACUGUGUAAACCCAUACAGGAAUCAGGAAGGACAGCUGUUGGGAAUGUGGGGAAACAACUUCUAAACGCUCUUCCCCCUCCCCAACCAUUCCAGCUUCCAAGUGUUGUGAUGCACAGCCCACGGGGCCAUUCCUGUUGGAUUGUCACCCCAUGGGAACAAGGGCUAAAGUCGUAUGGGUCAAGAGCAUUUGAUCAGACUCAGACGCACAAGGGUGGUAGCUCACGAAACAGCCUGAUGAAAUCACUGUUCAGCCUUUCUCCUUUCCGCCUACCCUCCUCCUAGCCCUUUUCCCUUUUCCUCUAUUUCCUUCUUAAUUGGCUUUGGAAUUGAAGUAUAUUUUUAAAUUAUUUGUUGUAUUUAUUGAAUAAAGUUUUUAAUGUC